UCCAAACAAUCAUAGUACAAAACAACAUGGCCGCGUCGUGUGCGUGAUUUUCCAGCCAACAUGACAUCACCUACGAAGUCCAUCGAGGUGAAGCUGGAAUUGGGUCAUCGGGCCGUGCUGCGUGCGCGUCCCACGGCCGAGGGUUUCACCCACGAUUGGACCGUUUUCGUGCGCGGACCCGAGGGCUGCAACAUCCAGCACUUCGUCGACAAAGUCAUCUUCAUGCUGCACGAAAGUUUUCCCAAGCCCAAGCGAGUGCUAAAGGAGCCACCCUACCAAGUGUCGGAGAGCGGCUAUGCGGGCUUUAACAUGCCUGUGGAGGUGUACUUCCGCACCCGAGAGGACCCCAAGAAGGUUACGUUUGUCUAUGACCUGUACCUCUCCGUGGACGGCACUCCAAUCUCCAACAUACGCUGCGAAAAGCUCACCUUCCACAACCCACCCGACGACUUCUGUCACAAGCUCCUCAAGGCAGGAGGGACGGAGGCUAACCGUGCCGGCUCGAACACGUCACCGGCACCUCCUGGCAGCCCCUCACGCAAUGCAGCCCCGCCAGCACGGUCAAGAAGCGAAGGCCGCAAGAAGCCACGCAUGUCAAGCGACAUGGUCAGAAGUCCACCUGUUGAGCAGCCACCACCGCCGCCACUGCCACCCUCGCCUCCUCCACAGGCACCUCAUAACUCUAUGGGGGACCUGUUCACCACACCAGCUGCCAAAAAAGAAAUGCCUCCUGAGAAAUCAUCCAAAGGAAAGGAGCAGAAGAGCAGCCAAUCUAAAUCCAAAUCAAGCAAAAGUCACAGCAGCAGUGGUACCAGCAGCACAAGCUCGCAUAAGUUGUCAUCAUCGUCUGGCAGCAAAGAACACAAAAGCAGCUCCAGGGACAAAGAGCGACAUAAAGACCUUUCGCGAGAGAAAAACAAAGAACGGGAUAAGUCUCGGGACACAAAGCUUUCCUCCUCAGCAGAGAGUGAUGCCAAGGCAACAGAGCAGAAGCCACUGGAACACAAGGCUGAGCACAAGCCUGAACACAAGAGUGAGCACAAGGGUGAGCAUAAAGGUGAGCAUAAAUCCGAACACAAGGCAGAGCGCAAAGCUGAACACAAGGCAACUGAGCACAAGGCUGAACACAAAAGUGACCACAAAGCAGAACACAAGGCUGAGCAUAAGAGUGAACACAAAGCUGAACACAAAUCCGAAGCUGAACACAAAGCACUUGAGCCAAAAGUUCCUGAAUCGAAGCAAGCGGAGACAAAAGUUCCCGAGACCAAAUUGCCUGAGAGCAAAGGGUCUUCUGAGCUGGAUUCAAGACGAGCAGAGAAGUCGUCCCAAAAGCACAGGGAUAAGACAAAGGACAAAAGCUCCAAAGAGCGGUCUUCAAAAGAGCACAGCUCUCAGAAGGAGUCCACUCACAAGAUGUCUUCUCUGCCACCAACCACAUCUGUCGAAUCUAGUUCAUCAAAAAGCUCAAAAAAUCCUUCUGCACCAAGACGUCCGCUGUCACCACCUCCUCCCAAGAAACAAAAGCUUCAGGAACCGGAGAGAAAGAAAAAGGACUUUUCGAAGUCGCACCGACCCAAGGAUUCACCUAAAAAGCCACCCGAGCAUUCAGAUCGGAAGCCGCCCGAGCCUCUCGAAAAACUGCCGUCACCGUUGCUACCGUUGCCUGCCUCUCCGCAACUCGUGCUGCCUGUUCGAGAGCCGAGUCCAUUACCUGCAACGAACCAGUCUGCUCCUGCACCUGCUCCCGCAUCUGAAGAAUCAAACAGCCCUAAGGUGGCAGCAGCUCCUGCAAGGGGCCCACUCAACGCUCUCAUGCUCGAAAUGGAGCAGGAGGACCUUUUGUCACCACUCUCUAGCCCAUCGGCAUCACCGACACCAACGAGAGAAGUCAUCGCUCCCAUUACAAAAGCACCACCACAGCCAUGUACAGCUGAUCACCUUCAGGAGCUUCAAGAGCUCAAGAAACGAAUCCUAAGCUUAGAAGAUCCACGGCGACUGCAAGCAGUAGUGGACGUUGUAGAGGGCACGGGCCUUUACAAGAUGACUGAAGAAUCCUUUGAUUUUGACCUGUGCUCACUGGACCAAAUCACUUUGGAGAGGCUACAAGCUUGCCUUAACGGCAGGUGAAAUAGUCGUCGGUGUUUGGUGGCGCGGUGUGGUCGUGGAUCUCUCAUCACCAAAGAGUGCACUCUUCCUGCCCCAUAUUAUGGAUCUCGCUUCUCAGUCACGCAGGCGUGGCAACACACAGUGGGUUGGGGGUUUCCCACUGGAGUACUAUGUGCAAUGUCCCAAGUGUGGGUGGGCAGCUCUUGUACCUGUCUUAAAAUGUGUGGCUGCAUUCAUCAGUUGUGAAAACUGCAAAAGUUUAAAGUUUCAAGACUUGAAUAUUCAGUGGCACUUUUGUUUAUAUUUCUCAGUGUUCUUUCUGAUGACGGCGAAACUGAGCUUUCAAAGGCCCUGAAACGCUCAUCUCUGAACACUUAGUUUUCCUAAGGGUCCCCCUCUCCCUUAUUAAGAGCAGCAACAAUAAGUGCAGCACCACUCAAUUAUAGCCCAAAUCAACUGCUGUCACUGUAAUAUAUUAUGAUAUUGUCAUUUGUAGUUUUUUUCCUAAGUGCUACAAAUACCUUGUCUAGCACAUCGUUUUACCCGGUGCAUAAGCAAGAUAUUUCGUGUCUGGAGCCUUCUUUCAUGUAUUGCCACUCCUUUCAUUGUAUGCUAGUAGGGAAAAAUGCAAUGACUGCUGUCCAUUGUCAUCACACUUUCACUAUUCUUGUUCAUUAUAGAUUGCAUCUGCCACUGGCUCUUUUCACACCUUUACUUUAUCACUCAUCACUCUCUCUUUCUUUUCGGUUUACUUCAUGAAGCUAUCCAGUUCCUCACUCAAGUUGUUCAUGUGAAGUUUUAGUUUUUUAAAUGUUUUCAGUCAUCUUUCACUCAUCUGUUAUCUGUGUGACUUUGAGCUCUCCCAUGAAAAUGCUACAGAGUAUUGUUUAUAUGCAAGUUAAUGUGCCAUCAUGGCCCAUUCCUAAGUUACUGUAAAUAAAUAUGACAUGUUGUCCUAA